AUGUCGUUGCUUUUACGUGGCCUCAGAGUAACUAGCACCAACCGCCUCGCUCUACCUACUUCAAGACGCACGUUUGCGAUAUCUUCUAUUGCCAUGGCACCCACCAUCAGCGAUGCAAUUAAGAAGGAUCACCGAGAGAUAGAGACGUAUUACGACAACAUCCUCAAGGCCCCAGACGAGACCGAGCAGACAAAAUGGCAAAACCAGUUUACAUGGGAACUGGCACGGCACUCCAUUGGAGAGGAGCUUGUCGUCUACCCGGCCUUUGAGAAGUACGUGCCCAACGGCAUCGAACUAGCCAACAAAGAUCGCCAAGAGCAUCAAUCGGUCAAAGAGCAACUGAAGAAAUUCCAGAAUAUGAAGCCUUCGGAUUCUGAAUUCAUUCCUACCAUCAAGUCUCUGAUGGAAGAUCUGUCUCAGCAUAUCAAGGAAGAAGAGACGGAUGACUUGCCUAAGCUGGAGGACGUCCUCUCGCAAGAGGAGAGUGAGAAGUACUCGACAUCCUUUGGAAGGACCAAGAUGUUCGUUCCAUCCCGUUCUCAUCCCAGUGCCCCAGACAAGCCACCGUUUGAGACGGCUGUUGGCCUUUUGACCGCGCCGAUUGAUCAUCUUUCCGACCUCUUCCGCAAGUGGCCUCACACCUCGGGGAUGCCCAAUCCGUCUUCGAAAUGA